CUUUCGCUUUCAGUCACCGGCUAGAUCGCAGCCGCAGCGGAGGCACCAGAGGUCCAGGUUCAAGGGCGGGAGUCAUCGCCGCCCCUAUGGCGCCCGCCGCCCUCUGGGUCGCUCUGGCCAUCGGACUGCAGCUGUGGGCCACCGGACACACCGUGCCCGCCCAGGUUCCCUUGACACCCUACAUGCCAGAACCUGGGGAAACGUGCCGGGACACGAAGGAAUACUACAACAAGAAGGUUCAGAUGUGCUGUGCUGCGUGUCCGCCUGGCCAGCACGUGAAACAAUUCUGCACCCAAACCUCAGACACCGUGUGUGCUGACUGCGAGGAGGGCACGUACACCAAGCUCUGGAACAGGCUUUCCACGUGCCUCAGCUGUGGUUCUCGCUGCAGUGACGACCAGGUGAAGAUCCGCGCCUGCACCAGACAGCAGAACCGUGUGUGCACCUGCAAAGCUGAUAUGUAUUGCGCCUUGCCGACGAACACCGACAGCUGUCGACAGUGCAUUAGGCUGAGCAAGUGUGGCCCCGGCUUCGGAGUGGCCGGCACAAGAUCUGCAAACGGGAACGUGGUGUGCAAGCCCUGUGCCCCAGGGACAUUCUCUGACACCACAUCAUCCACAGAUAUGUGCAAGCCCCACCGCAUAUGUAGCAUCCUUGCCAUUCCUGGAAACACAAGCAGAGACGCAGUCUGUGCACCCGAGUCCCCAACUCCGAGCACCAUCCCGGGGACAGUCUACAUGUUUCAGCCAGAGCCCACAAGAUCCCAGCCCCUGGAGCCGGAGCCAGAACUCAGCCAAACCCCACCCACCAACUCUGCCUUUGAGAUCUCGACCCCCAAAAGUCAACAUAGCACCAACGGUGGCAUCUCCCUUCCAGUUGGUCUGAUCGUUGGCGUGACAACUCUGGGUCUGCUGGUGUUAGGGCUGGUGAACUGCUUCAUCCUGGUGCAGAAGAAAAAGAAGCCCUCCUGCUUACAAAGAGAAGCCAAGGUGCCUCGCCUGCCCGAAGAGAAGUCCCGGGAUGAUGCCACAGGCUUAGAGCAGCAGCACCUGUUGACCACAGCCCCCAGUUCCAGCAGCAGCUCCCUGGAGAGCUCAGCCAGUGCUGGGGACAGGAGGGCGCCCCUGAGGAGCCAGCCCCAGGCCACAGUCACGGAGGAAGCCCAAGGGUCUCAGGAGGCCUGUGCAGGCUCCAGGAGUUCAGAUUCCUCCCACGGCAGCCAUGGGACCCAUGUCAAUGUCACCUGCAUUGUGAAUGUCUGCAGUAGCCCUGACCACAGCUCACAGUGCUCUUCCCAAGCCAGCACCACAGUAGGGGACCCAGAUGCCAACCCCUCAGGAUCCCCCAAGGACGAGCAGGUUCCCUUCUCCCAGGAGGAGUGUCCUUCUCAGUCCCGGUGGGACACCCCAGAGACACUGCAGAGCCAUGAGAAGCCCUUGCCCCUUGGUGUGCCUGAUGUGGGCAUGAAGCCGAACCAACCAGGCUGGUGUGACCAGGUUGCAGCCAAAGUGGCCUGAUCCCUGCAGGGGCAACCCCCUGUAAAUGGACUCCCAAUUCUUCUAGACCCUCAGCCCACAGGACUUAACGACCCUUUCUGGGCCCAUCUCCCUUAGUGGCCUCCCCAGCUCCACUUGCAGGUCAAGUGAGGGUUGAGGCAACCAUUGUGGUGGAAAACUUCUGCCAUGGUGUUCUGUGGGGCAGUCCCAGCAAGUCCUUGCUCUUCUGUGACCUCUGGAUCUCCUGGGCUCUUGCCUGAUUCUGGCUUCUGAGAGGCCCCACUCGCUUUCCCUCCCAGGAGCUAACAUCCUCUUCCAAACACUUGGGUAAAGGACAGUGUCGCUCUUCAGCCUGGCUGCUGAUACCACAGGGCAGUCCCAGCAGAAAGGAGGAAGUGGUGGCCUCAUAGGGCACAGGGGCCCUUGAGGUUAGUGCUGGACUCAUGGGAAGUAACCCUUCCAAACCCACCACCGCCCUUUUGAUGCAAGAAUCAGAGGCGCAGAGGCCCCGGCGGGCAGGGUGCUGGGGCUGUACCUCAGUGGUAGAGUGUGCGGUUAGCACGCCCUGGGUUCGAUCCCCAGCUCCAUAGUGAGAAAGUAAGCGCACACAGCAAACAGCUGGUUUGCAUCCUCUGCCUUUGGCCGUCACUCCAGUGGGCACACGGAGGGCUCCAGCUCCUCCUCCUGGCCUUCUAAGGAGCCCUUCCAAGGCCAUGCCUUCCCUUCAGGGAAUCUCAGGGACUGUAGAGGUCCCAGGCCCCUGCAGCCACCUGCCUCCUCCUACCUCAGCCUGGACUACUCCCUCUGACUCUCCAACUGCUUGGUACUGUACCCACUGUGACCCUGAGUGAAUGUCUGUCUUAGGUGUCAUGGGCUGGAACAGCUCAGGGCAUCAGUUGAAUAGCCCAUCCGGAAGCAGCCGAAGCCUGCAGUUAUGCCGAAGGAUUGGUACCCGUUCUCUAAUCAGCACGUUCCCCUAGCAUGCCCAGAUCUGGAAGGAAAUGGUUCAGGAGACUCAAGAGGCAAGUUCAGUCUCAGGUGCUUGGAUUCCAUGUUCACAGAUUCCGUUGGAUAUGAAGUUGGGAGUUGAACUAUAGGAAGUCUGUUACCAUGGAGAUUCAAAAGCUCAGCCCUCUGGAAUCAAGACUUCCAUGGGACCCAUUGGUUAGGUCUCUGCAGUGAUUCAGACAGGAGAGGCUAUGGAACACGUCUGCGCCCUGGUGGCCAGUCCUGGGAUGACCUCGGGCUUCGUAGGCAACAAAAGCAGGAACUGAAGGGACCUUGUCUGGGUGUUGUGUGGAUUCCAACCGGGUGUGCUAAGGAGCAUUUGCCCUUUAUGCUGGACGGACUUAAGCCCUGCUUAUAAAUGCGUUUUGUUGUUGUUUUGUACACUGAUCCCUGGCUGUGUCUCGGGGCUGCUUUGGGGUUUGUCUGUGGUCCCGCUGGCCUACCUCCAACGUGUGAGGAGAGAUGGGGCUAUGGUUAGUGGGGUCCAGGUGGUCCAUGUAGCGAAUGGCUUUGGAACCCCCACCCCAGGUCGCUUUCACAGCUGCUCCUGCUGAGAACCUGGUGUGGACGCUGAGAGAACUUCAGUCAGCUAAGUCUCCAGGCACGCCGCUGACUCCUGCCCUCUCACCUGAACCUGGCCUCCUCACUGUGUUCUGGCAGGGAGGUGGGUUCUGCCAUCUGGGAAGCCCACACCAUGGAUCUGAGCAAAGGCUCUACCACAAGCCCAUCCCUGGGUGCUUAGACCAGCUCAGGGCUCUGUGAGCAGGGGAGAGGUCAGGGAACAGUUUAAGUGGUGACCUCUGACACAUUCUUGAGGGAUGAGCAGUUUUCUAGAACCUCCCUUUCCCUCUCUCUCUGUUUUUGGUUUGUGUUUGGGGGGGUAGAGGGGUGGGGUGUGGGAGGGUGGCAUGUAUGUGUGGUGUGUAUGUAUAUGUUUGCAUUUUUGCAUGUAUGUGUGCGUCUGUGUGUGGAGGCCAGAGGUUGAUUUGGGGUGCUCUUGGUCACCCUCCAUCUAAUAUUGAGGCAGGAGCUCUCAUCAAAGCCCAGAGCUUGCAUAUUUGGCUAGUUUAGCUUGCUUCGGGGAUCCCCUGAGUCUGCCUGAAGUGCUGGGAUUACAGGCAGGCUGCUGUUCCUGCCCUGCAUUUCCAUGGAUACUAGAGGUCUGAAUCCUCGUGCUUGUGUGCGGAGCACUUAUCCACUAAGGCGUCUCUCCAGGUACUCCCCCUUUUAAUAAGUUAAUGUUGGACUGCAAGAUGGCUCAGCGGGUAAAGGUGACUGCUUUACCUGAGAUGGAUGCUCAGGACUCGUGCAAGUUGCCCUCUGACCUCUCCACGUGCAACAUGCAUGCUUCCGCACAUGUGGGCACUCACAUACAUGCAAUAAAUACAAUAAAAAAUUUAAAAUAA